AAAAAAAUUGAAUUGGAUUGCACGUCCUUAAUAAAUUAAUCUCUUAUGCCAAUCUGUCAACGUGACUGCUUCCAUAUUUAAUUCAUAUAUAGUCUCAUAAAAAAUAAAAAUUCCACCACCUUCCCCAUUUCCACACCAACUCUCUCCGGCAACCACUAAAUCUCUCUUCUUUCCGGCAACCUCAUAUAUACAUACACAUAUGCAUACAACAAAAGUUCACAUGAUGAAAAAGUUCCUUUACACACACACACACAUAUAAAAUAUUUAUUUAUAUAUACAUGUAAUUUUGUUUUCCAAUAUAUUGUGAGAUAUAAAAGAAAAAAAAAUGGAGAGUAGAUUUGAUCAUGUACACGAGGAGGAAUCCACAACUCCGCCGGAAAACACGGCCGAUUCUCCACUUUCCGGUGACGAGCCGGCCGAUCAAGAAACAUACGCUCCUUUGGCCAAGAAAAGUAAAAGAGGUGCACACAAGAAAGUAGUGACGGUGCCGAUAGGCGAUGCCGACGGAUUCCGGAGUAGAGGAGAGGUUUAUCCGCCGCCGGAUUCUUGGUCGUGGCGGAAGUACGGCCAAAAGCCUAUCAAGGGAUCGCCUUACCCAAGGGGAUAUUAUCGGUGUAGCAGCUCGAAAGGUUGCCCGGCUAGAAAACAAGUCGAGCGGAGCCGCCUCGACCCCACCACACUCCUUAUCACCUACUCUUGUGAACACAACCACCCUCUCCCCACCACCACCAAGAACCACCACCACCACCACUCGUUGGCGGCAGUGGCGGCCGCCAAGUCCACUUCCCGUUCCUCAUCCACCACCACCACCACCACUAUUGAUCCUCCGGCCAACUUCCCUCCGGAGGAAUGUGCGGCCUUCGCCAACCAGCCGGACAUCGAGCCGGCGGACAAUGGCUUCGUCGAGCUGGCCGGUGAGUUCGGCUGGUUGUGCGACGUGGGGUCCACGAUGAUGGACGGUACUACGCUCGUGGGGCCAACAUGGGCCCACGGUGACCAUGCGGAAGUGUUGAUGCCGAUUGGGGAAGAGGACAAGGUCUUGUUUGGUGAUCUCGGGGACUUGCCGGAGUACUCCGUGGUUUUCCGGCGGUGCAGGUCGGAGACACCUUGUUGCGGCGGCACGGGAUAAGGCCCGGAUUGUCGAAUAUAAAAUUAAUAAAGAUACAAAAAGUGAAUAUAACAUUAAUAAAGAUUUAAUUUAACGUUGGUGCAUGCAAUAGAUGUGCUUUGGGAUUCAUACAAUAGUGAAGAACUUGAGUUGCACGAGUUCUUGUCCAUCUCAUCAUUUCUUUAAUUUUUUUCUUUCUUUUUCUUCUUUUUUGUUUUUCCACUGUAAAGAUUCGGGGACGAAUGAUUUUCUAUUAUAAUUUUCUUUAAUGAGGAUAGUUACUGGUUCCCCAA